AUAAAUAUGUAUCUAUAUUCUUCUCGGGGUGUAUUUAUUUAGUUGGCUCAAAUCUUUUCUGAGGAAACGCGGAUGAAUUAUGUGCAGCACGGGGACAAUGUAUCACCUGAAAGUAAUCUUGUAAACCACUCCCACCGGGUCACUGUAGCUAAAUAAACUUGGCCUCCGGUGUCAACAGUAGUCAACGAAGACGCAGGCGCUAUCGCUCCUGUUGUGCUAAAACAAGGAAGAGUGCAAUCAAAGGUUUAAGGCAAUCCGCGAUGGACUCCAGGUCUCGCAGACUUCCUUUUUGUCUGUCUGGCUCAAGGUCGUCCUACACACCCAGUCAAGCAGUCUUGUCCUCAUCACGGAGCCCCAGUAUGAGGCACAGUAGAGAGAGGGUGUUAAAUAAUGACCGCUUCCCGAGGGCAUCAUCCACUUACAAGGCAGACCUGGACCAACAGCAGGCUCAUCUUGUUAGCUCAUCCAGAGACUACAGCAGCUCUGACCGUCACGCUGCCACUUGGAAGUUGCCCACUUCUCUGACGUCCUCAAACAGAUUUAAUGAUCACCCGUCAGCUGAAUCCUCUUUAAGCAGCAGGAGCAAACUGAUUGGUUCUGAAGGGAGACUGGGGUUGCAUUCAGUUCUGUUGAAUGCCAAUGAUGAUGGCGAUUCUAAAAGGGUCAAACUGUCAUACAGCAACAGAGGACUGUACUCCAGCACCUCAGUUACAAGAUCCAGUAAUGGGCUCAGCAGAGGUACUAGUGACAAAGAAAGUGACACACGUGAUUCAUCAUGGAGCUCAUGCCGUUUACUCUCUCGGUCAUCGGCUUCAUCCUCAAAACCUCUGUUGUUCAGGAAAGAGCAGGAGACAAAGAAUGAGCCCAGUCUCCCAGGUUUAGGAGAAAGAAGAGUUAGGAGUCAACCACUGGCUUCCUCAUUGUAUCAGGCAGACAGGGUGGCCUCCACGUAUGCACAGGGAGCUCGGCCUAAAGAAACUACCUACACUUCCUCCUCUGCUAGAGAAAGCUCUCGAAAUCGCCACGUCUCAUCUUCUACCUCCCACCGAUCUCCUCUGGUGCACGAUUUUGGCAAUAGAACCACAGCCUGUUUCUCAAAUGGCUCAUCCACUCGCCACUCAUCUCAGGAACAAACAGGACAUCUGGAAUCCUCCUCAGAUAGCGCCUCAUCUUACUCUUCCCGUACCCCUUGGUAUACUGCUCACCUGGCCAGACCAGAGGCUACACACCCAAGACCAGACCCUGAAGUUAGAGAGUCACAGCAUCGUCAAAACUCACGACGCCUUUUGUCCCAUUUCCUGUCACGGUGCUCCAGCCAGGACUCUUCUAGUGGAUCCUCCAGUGUUCGCUCCCUUGACGAUGAGAGUCCAUCUACUAGCAGCGAGUCUGUGGACAGUGACGAGGGAGCCAGGAUGCCAUAUGUGGACCCUGAUGUUGGAAGGUCAGAGACAACCUUGGGUAGCCUGAGAAAUCUUAGAGCAGGCCACACCCCUAGCCAGGAUGUCAGCAGCCAUGGCUAUCAUAGUGGUGGUCUGACUCGUACAAGAAUGCCAUUGUGGAGAGAGGCUGGCACCAGCAGGAGAAAUAACACCAGCAGCGGAGGUGGCAGCAGUGCCUCCUGGCUUUCUCCCUCCCUCCGUGGCCUCUACCCUCCCGUCCUCUCUCGCCUCCGAAGACAUGCUAGGGACACGAGUGCACACUCAGCUACAGGCUCACAAGAAGAUUACAGCCAUCCACAGCAUUUCCUGAGAAGGUGGGAUGAUCCGGAGUACAAAGUAUCACAGGAGGAGGAGGAGGAGGAGGAAGAUGAUGAUGAGGAUGAGGAAGAAGAAGAGGAAGGAGCAGUUGGUCUAGAGGCCCUUGGAGCAGGUCGUCCACAUCAACUUGAGAACGAAACCUUACCUGAGCUCGAGGAUGCGUCCAUCCAAUUUUCACCACGUCACAGAGUUGCAGUAUAUGAGAACACUUCGGUUCCUGUGGGUCUGUUGAGCGGUGUUGGGAGCCAGUUGGAGGACCAGAAAGAUAAGCCCACUUUCAGUAGGGAUGAAGAGAAGCUGCGCAAGAUCAAGGAGAGACUGCUUUUGGAGGACUCUGACGAGGAAGAAGGCGACCUGUGCCGAAUCUGCCAAAUGAGGGAGGAAUCGGCGUCCAACCCCCUGAUUCAGCCUUGCCGCUGUGCAGGCAGUCUGCAGUAUGUCCACCAGGAAUGCAUCAAGAGGUGGCUCCGUUCCAAAAUCGGCUCAGGCACAAACCUUGAGGCUAUCACAACAUGUGAGCUCUGCAAGGAGAAGCUACGCCUGAACAUAGACAACUUUGACAUUCAGGAGUUGUACAGGAUGCAUGUGCAAUCGGAAUAUGACGAGUUCAUCAGCAGUGGCCUCUAUCUCGUAGUGUUGCUACAUUUCUGUGAGCAGAGGUUCUCCGAUGUUUUGGGAGCUGUCGAUGGAGCCGGGUUAUUCAACCUGGUGAGAAUUCUUCAUGACCACAUGGACAAUCUGGAAAAUCCCCAUGGAGAAAGUGAUGAGGAGGUUCAAGACAACAGACCUUCUAUUGAGUUUUCUGACCUGGACGACGAUCUUGAAGAAGAGUACGAAUUGUGUGAAAGUGGAACGAGGGACUGAAGUUAUGGGGCUACUCUAUGCCAUGUAGCAGCUCAUCCAGUUUUCACAUAUGCUUUGAAAUGUAACAGCAGUGAGAAACGCCAAGCACAGAGAACAUCUCGCCUUUGCUGCUGGUGGCUUUUGCAGAUAUGCAAACUUGAAAUGAGCAAGUGCAUACAAUAUUUAGUUUAACAGCACUGUAUUUGUUUCUAUGAGUGCACUUUAUUUACUUAUGUUUUAAUAAAAAUGCAAGUCUCUAACCGUUAUACCACAAGUGCUUUGAAAUAAGGCACCGUGAGAAGUGAGUUCAACUUAAGUUGUGAUGGUAAGUGAAUGUUUCCAGAAGAGAAUAUAAAAAGUGAUUUCUU